UACACUUGAAGACAUGUCCGUGUUAUGUGGAGGCAUGAAGGUGGUGCUUGUUUUGCUGGGUUUGGGACUUUCAACAGGCACUACCGAGGAUAGGGACGCCUGUCAAGACCACGACCCUAUCUGCAGCGUCACGGUGGGCAUCUGCAGCAACCCAAUCGGACCCACUUUGUGUGCAAAGACAUGUCAUGCCUGCCCAACAGGUACUAUUAAGCCAGUUGACCCCUGUCAAGACCACGACCCCGUCUGCAGCACCAUGGUGGGCAUCUGCAGCAACCCAAUCGGAACCACGUUGUGUGCAAAGACAUGUCAUGCCUGCCCAACAGUGUCAGCAAUUACCAAGCCGGUUGUCACCUGCAAAGACCACGAUCCAGUUUGUAGCACCAUGGCGGAUAUCUGCAGCAACCCAAUUGGACCGGCACUAUGUGCAAAGACGUGUCGUUCCUGUCAACCAGCUACUACCGUGGCGGUGGACACCUGUCAAGACCACGACCCUGUCUGCAGCACCAUGGUGGGCAUCUGCAGCAACCCAAUCGGACCCACGUUGUGUGCAAAGACAUGUCAUGCCUGCCCAACAGCCCAUGUAUCGCUUCCCCCCUGCACUGAUUUCCUAAAAGAAGAUGCAUGUGACACCCUCCCAGACAUCUGCAGUGACAUUCUCGCCAGCGCCACGUGUCCUAGCUAUUGUGGCCUUUGUCAGAAAGCACCUGGAUCGCCACAAUCUACUACUGUUACCACCAAAACUCCCAUCAGACCAUCUUCCACGACCACCACAACCCCUACAACACAAUCAACAACUACCACCACAACAUCCACAGCAGCACCUACCACUACCACAACCACUACAACACCAUCAACCACUACCACCACAGCGCCAUUUACCACCACCAUCACAGUCCCCACAGCACCACCUUCCACUACCACUACAACCCCUACAACACAAUCUACCACUACAACCCCUACACCAUCUGCCACUACCAUCACAACUCCUACGACGCCAUCUGCCGCUACCACAACCCCCACAGCGCCAUCUAUCACUACCAUCACAACCCCUCAAGCGCCAUCUACCACUUCCAUGACAACCCCUCCAGCGCCAUCUGCCACUACCAUCACAACCCCUCCAGCGCCAUCUGCCACUACCAUCACAACCCAUCCAGCGCCAUCUGCCACUACCAUCACAACCCCUCAAGCGCCAUCUACCACUACCAUCACAACCCCUCCAGCGCCAUCUGCCACUACCAUCACAACCCCUCCAGCGCCAUCUGCCACUACCAUCACAACCCCUCCAGCGCCAUCUGCCACUACCAUCUCAACCCCCCCAGCGCCAUCUGCCACUACCAUCACAACCCCUCCAGCGCCAUCUGCCACUACAAUCACAACCCCUCCAGCGCCAUCUACCACUACAAUCACAGCCCCCACAGCGCCAUCUACAACCGCCUUUGCUUCCCCCACUCCCGCAACGAUUGAUACUGCAUCUGGAAGUACAAGGACCACGAAACCUGAAACAUCAGCAACUAUUCUAUCUACUCCACCUUCACAUGUAGCCGUCAGCACAACAUCUACAACUACCUCAACUGCCACUACAACUACAUACCAAGCUCCAUCUACUGACACCGGCACAACUACCACCCAUCCAAGGGGUUCCUCAAAAGGUCUCAGGACUUCACAUGCAGUUCACUCCUCUGCAAGUGUUCCUACUGGAAUCCCCACUAGCAAGUCCACCACAGGGAAAGCGAUAGAGCGAUUAUGUUUUCAGUGUGGGAAUGCAGACACGGCAACCUACUGCACAAUUUCGGAAACUAUCAUGCCAAACUCCUACCCUUGUACACAAGAUAAGGGUUUCUGUAUGACCGACGUUUAUCAACACACUGAUACUACCACGAAGUUCAUCAGAAGGUGUGUCAACGAAACUACGUGCAAUAGACAAUGGUACGAACAGACCUCUGGCAACAGCGAGUGUGUGGACGGUGACCCCACUACAGUGUCCUCCGACAUCACCUGCAGUUACUGCUGCACCACCGACAACUGCAACAGCCUCGUUGUACCAGACAGACACACCCUCCUGGGACUUUCAACAGGGGUCUUACUUCCUCCCUGCAUGGAUUUGGUGAAAGAAGGCGGAUGUCACAGUCUCCAAAACAUAUGUAGUGACAUUCUCGCCAGCACUCUAUGUCCUAACUAUUGUGGUCUUUGUCAUAAAGCGGCUACGAAGCCGGUUGACACCUGCAUAGACCACGACAAGAUCUGUAGUACCAUGUCGGAUGUCUGCAGUAACCCACUCGGACCGGCUCUAUGUGGGAAGACAUGUCAUACUUGUGUAACGGCGGUUACCAAGCCGGUUGACACCUGCAUAGACCACGACCCGAUCUGUAGCACCAUGUCGGAUGUCUGCAGCAACCCACUCGGACCGGCUCUGUGUGGGAAGACAUGUCAUUCUUGUGUAACUGCUGGAAGUACCAUGACCACGGCACCUGCAACAUCGUCAACUACAUCUACUCCAUCUACAACCGCCGCUGUCACCAAAGUGUCUGCAACAACCUCAACUGCCACAACAACUACAUCUGCUCCAUCUACAACUGCCGCUGUCACCACAGCGCCUACAACAACAUCUCCAUCCACAGCGAAAGCAAUACAGCGAUCGUGUUACAAGUGCGGGGAUGCCAACACGGGAACAGAUUGCACCAUUAUGGAAACUAUCGUGCCCAAAGCCUCCCCUUGUCCAUCAGACGCGGGUUUCUGUAUGACCGACCUCUUUCAACACACAGAUGGUUCAACGAAGUACAUCAGAAGGUGUGUCGACGAAGGAGCAUGUAAAAAGCAAUGGUACGAACAGACCUCUGACAACAGCGAGUGUGUCGACGUCGACCCCACUACACUGACAUCAGACAUCACCUGCAGGUACUGCUGCACCGCCGACAACUGCAACAGCGGCAAUAUGCCGGUCAGAAACACCCUGUACAAACCCAAACAUUGAUCUUUGU